AUGUCUUUCAGUGAUCAACAGUGCAAGCAACCAUGUGUGCCACCUCCAUGUCUUCAAAAGACCCAAGAAAAGUGCCAAACACAAGCUGAAGAAGUUUGUGUCCCCUCGUGUCAGGACCCCUGCCAAGAUAAAGGUCCACUCCAAGCUCAGGGGAUAUGCGAUCCUCAGUGCCAGGAGAUAAACCAAGGAAACUGCCCACAGCAAGGCCAAGAUCCAUGCCUACCUCCAAGCCAAGACCAGUGCCUGCCGCAGUGUGUGGAGCCAUGCCAGGAGCUUGCCCAAACAAAAUGUGUGGAGGAGUUCCCACAGAAGGUCCAGGAGAAGUGUUCCUCCCAGGGCAAAGGAAAGUAG